AUGGCGUAUUCUCUUCUUACACACUUGAAUAGUACUAGGGAUGAUUGGACCGUGAGGGUUAGAGUUUGCCGGAAAUGGGACUCUAUUAAUUUCAAGAGAAACAGAGAACUAAUGAGUACAGACAUGAUCCUUAUAGAUGAAGAGGAAACUUUGAUACAUGCUACAAUCAACAAGAAUUUAGUAAAUAAGUACAAGAAUUUGCUCAGUGAAGGAUCAGUCUAUUUUAUUAAGAACUUCAAAGUUAGUGAGGCUUCUGGUGUAUAUAGACCAGUGACAAGUAAUUUCAAAAUUUCUUUCUUCCUGACAACUGCACUCCAGGAACUACAAGAAGGUAUUGUUAAUAUUCCAAUAAACGGAUUCCAUUCUGCAAAAACAAAAUUAACUUUGUGGGAAGAACUUGGAGAGAAGUUCGAACUAUUUCUAUACAACGACUCUGGCCCGUACGUUGUCAUAGUUACUUCUACAACAGUUAAACAAUUCCGUGGUGGGGUUACUUUCGCCACGACAUAUGCAAGUAAAAUAUAUGUAAAUCUAGAAAUAGAUUACAUAACAACUUUGAUUCAAAAGUUUGGCCCCACAUUUCUUGGUGUACAAACUAUUGGAAGCUCUCAUGUCAAUAACAUUCCCAUUGAGGAAGAGAUGUUUAUGAACAGGAUGAACAUUACUGAGUUGUUGGAGUCCGACUGGAGUGCGGAAAUACAUGAAUACAUUGUUACAGUGAGGGGAAACAUUGCAGAAGUAGAUAAUUAUUUUGAUUGGUACUACAUUUCAUGCAACUUGUGUUCAAAGAAGAUUGUACCUUCAAAUGGUGUCUACACAUGUCACUUUUGUGCAAAAGAAUGCAAGUUUCCUUUGGUGAAGUACAAAAUACAUGUCAAAGUAAGAGACAAAACUGGAAAUACUACUGUGGUAUUAUUUAAUGCUGUUGCGGAGAAGCUCCUCGAUACAUUUGCCCACAAGUUGUUCAAUAGGCUAUCAUUGGAAAGCAAUAAUGUACCUCCACUAAUCCAGAGCCUUUGCGGCAAGGAAUUUAUUUUCAAGCUACGAUUAAACAAUUACAAUCUUAAAGAGGGGCUUGAAAAUUAUACUGUAUCCAAGUUGUUCAUUCCAGAUGAGAAUCUUGAAUUGCAAUACACAACAAGGAAAGAACAAAAGGUAUUGUGAUAUA